AUGACUGAUCCACAACGAGACGUAGAGGGCGAGGAGCUCACAACCAAGAGCAAGGUCUUGGAGACAGGUGCCGCCAUGACACAGGACUUCGCACCAGUGAAGAGCAUCUGCGCCCAUCUGAACGCCUUCCACGUCUACGCCGACGACCCAAAGCGGUUUGUCGAGGCAAACCACUACUGCAGCCAUCUGACAGAAGACGUCCGCCAGUGCAUUCUCUACGACAGCCCCGACCCAGGCGCCCGGCUCAUCGGCAUCGAGUACAUGAUCACGCCGAAGCUGUACGCCACGCUCGACGCCGAGGAGCGCAGGCUCUGGCACAGCCACGUCUUCGAGGUCAAGUCCGGGAUGCUUGUCAUGCCGCAGCCGUCGGCGCUCGUGCCGCAGGCCGCGUGGGAGCGGGCCGAGGCGGCCGAGAUGGAGGACGUGGUCGAGCUGUACGGGAAAGUCUACCACCUUUGGCAGGUGGACAAGGGGCACAAGAUACCCCUGGGCGAGCCGAAGCUGAUGACGAGCUUUACUAAAGCCGAGCAGAUGCCGGACUUUGAGAAGGUGGUGGGUGAGAGGGAUGCGAGGUUUGCGGGGGUCGAUUGGAAGAGGAAGAAGGAGAUUCGGGAGUAUAUCAAGGAGCCUGAGAUUCAUCCUGACGCUGAUGCUACUUGGGGACCUAAGUAA